AAUAUUAUAUAUAUUUUUAAAUUAAAUAAUUUUUUUGUUUUUUCUUGGCAUGGAUCAAGUCAAGGAAGAAGAAGGACAACAAGACCGACAGGAAGUAAUAGACGAAAAUCUCCCAAAAUUGGUAGGGGAUCUGCUUAACAUGGAACCUGUAAAGGAGGAACGCGAUGCUGCCUUUCAAGAGUGCCUGGAAAGUGCCAAACAAGACCUGAAGAAGGACCCUCAAUUUCUAGAGAGCGAGGAGGAAUGCGUUACCAGGAAUUUUUAUCACUUUCUUGCGCGUUACAAGGCCGAACGUCUGCAUGAGUUUGGCGUGACCUUUGACAAACUGGCCCACAUGAUGUUAAAGAAUCCGAUGUUUAUAGAUCACGGGCAGAUGAACUUCAAGUGGCGUAUCCUCGACUUUAUGCUAUCGGUGAACUUCGAGGCUUUUCGCAACGUCAAACAAAACAGCAGUGAAAUGGAGAAGCAACGAAAAUUUAUGUUGGGCAAAAUUGAUGAAAUCAUCAGUUCAUCGUUAUCGGAGGACUCAGAAUCAUCAUAUUCAUUUUAUGAUGAAAGCAUUCUGGAGAAAUUCAAAAUUUCCCCUAUAUGCCUUAUGUCAGAUAGCAACGACUCCGCCCGGGAGUCUUCCUCUUCGACUAGUUCAUUAACUCUAAAAGUGAACAAGCUUCCCGAGGAUAUGAGCGGAUCUGUCGUGCCAAUGAAUUUUAACUUUUGGAAGGAAUACGCUGAAUAUUUGGAGAGCCGUCCAUGCCCUACUGACUGCCGCUUAUUGUACGAGUACAUUUGCAUGUUCUUUGCUCCGCAGAAUUGGAUACAUUUUCAAGUCAUCGAUCAUGAGGUACUCUUUCGCAAGCCCUUUGAAUGUCAUAUGCCACACAUUAAUCUAUUGGAACCUCUGAAGGAUAUGCAAAUGGUACAAAAGCUAAUAGAUAAAUAUGCCUGUCCAUGGAGGGUUAUUACAAAUUAUUUUAGCACUUUGACUUGUCUGUUUGAGGCAAUGCAUCGAUUGCUAAAACCAGUUAUGGAAUUUCUAAUUUUUUGGGGUGAACGCGUUACCAAAGAAGCCAACGAGGAGUCUCCAUCAAUUUCUUGCUUCAUCGAGAUGACUGUGCAACCUUUUCGAAGAUUGCGUCUGAUGGGACAAUUAUGCCAGGACACCUGUAUUUUGAAUACCGACUGCACCACAAAACAUGAGAGAAGUUUUCAUAUCAUAGCCACAUUAAUAUCGGCUACAAAACAUUCUCGUUUAUAUUGGGAUAAAAGUGGUUCUGCUGCCCUCCUACUAUCCAGCCUAAAAAGCUAUUGCCAAUUUAUGGCCAACAUGUAUCGUUUGGGUGAAUUUGAGGACUACCUUAAAGAGUUUAUAGCUGAAUGUGUCGUAAUCGAUGGCAUUUCGGACUACAGAAUGAGGAUUAUGAAAGACAUGACGGCGGACAUUGCGAAAAAUUGUGAAUUCUAUCAAAUACUUAAAAAGCAUAUUCAAAAUUCGUCCAAAGCAGUGUCAUUUCUCUAUGACAACCGACAAAUGGAUCUUUUUAGUCUUUUUCAUAAAAAUGUAAUAUGUUCGAGUCUGUAUAAUGAGGUAAUUGAAUCCUUCCUGCACGCACUGAAGACCUAUCAAGUGAUGACAGUGGACAGGGAAGUGAUGUUUCCUGCUCCCGAUAUACUCACUCAAGCUCAGCAACUUGACGAUAAGUCUCUGCGUCACCUAUUCUAUACAUAUUAUAAGCAACUGGAGGGCAAUUCGCACAUCAAUCUCCGUAAUUUCAAAUGCGAUGAACUUCUGUCAGCCUGUAACUCUUGUUAUAGGUAUGUGCCAUUUACUGAAAUCCUCUUGACUGCCCUCGAUCAUACUCUCGCUCAAAGAACUCUGCUGGUCAACACCUAUGCAGUUUAUGUAGUGAGGAUCGAGUUCUGCUUAAAUGAACGUCUGGAGCAUUUGCAUUCAGUGUAUUUACUCUUCGAGUUUGAUCGGUUUUCAAGUGAAUUUGGCACGUUUUUUGAAUCUGUUGCGUUGGAAGAUCUCAGCCGGAUAAUAACCUUGCACAAUCACAACUUGGCCCAUCUCUUUGUCCCUGUAUUACCAUACAAAUAUCUCACUUUCUUAGACCUAAAGUAUAAAUGCGAUGAAGGACUGAAUCGCAUCAUUACCAAGCAUCAUAUAAAGCAACUUAAUACGUUCUUUUGCUUGACUCUUCAAAUUUAUCACUGCAAGUGGAUAUUGGAGGAACUGUCCCCACUCGUUGAACAGAGCGAAGUUCGCUUGCAUAAGACAUUCACAGAGUUGUAUGGUCUCACAAUUGAAAUUGUCAACCAAUAUGAAGAAUAUGUGUCGGCUCUUAAAGAAAAACAUCUGAAGCUGGCGAGCAAUUGUGAUCAGCAAAUGGACAAAUGUCAAACAAUUGAAGAAAUGGCAAAGUGUCAUGACGAUUUUGUCUCGGGUGUAACGGAUAACUUUAUAAUGAAAUAUCCCGACCGUUGCGAUUUGCAAGUGAUUUUCAGGAUGGUGGAUCUUCUCAAAGGACUUUGGGGCAAUGUGCGCUGGUUGUACCCAGAUAACUCCCAGAAUGCAGACAACAAAAUUAAUUGUGAUAAACACGAGUACGAAUCAACCACAUACAUACAGUCCCUUCUUCCAUUGGCCGUAGUCAUACACGAUAGUUUGGUCAAACUUAAAUCAGCAAACGAGUAAUAGUUAAUAAACGUUCAAUAGUUCUGCAUAAA